AUGCCGUCAGUGGAGUUUGUCCGUGGGAUGCUCUACGUGUCCCUCACUGUUGUGGGAGUCCCGGGUAAUGCUGCUGUCAUCCUGGCCUUCCUCCUCUUGCUGUACCAGGAGAACCGGCUCCUGCCAGCUGAUGCCAUUGUCUUGCACCUGGCCUGCGCCAACCUGAUGGUGGUGGGUGUUCGCUGUCUGCUGGAGACCCUAGCCUCCUUCCGCCUCGCCAGCAUCUUUGGAGACGUAGGCUGUAAGGCUGUGAUCUUUAUCUACAGAACAUCCCGUUCCCUCUCAAUCUGGCUCACCUUCGUCCUGAGUGCCUACCAGUGCCUGAGCAUUGCCCCUCCCGGAUCACGCUGGGCCUCUGCACGCACCUUGGUAGCCCAGUAUUUGGGCUUUGUGUUCCUCUUCCUCUGGCUCCUCAACACCUGCAUGAGCUCAUCAGCCAUACUCUUCUCCUUUGGCACCCAGAAUGACUCCAGCCUAAUAAACCAUGGCAUCAAUGUACAAUUCUGCUAUGUUAACUUUCCUUCAAAGUUGUCCAAAGAAGCAAACGGGGCAGCUCAGGUGGGGAGAGACGUGGUGCCCAUGGCCCUCAUGACUCUAGCCAGCCUGAUCAUCUUGGUCUUCCUUUACAAGCACAGCCAGCAUGUGAAGGGGCUCCGCAGCAGUAGUGGCGGCGGUGGGGGGAGUAGUGGGGCCGAGCAACGAGCUGCCAAAGCUGUGGUAGCACUUGUGACCUUAUAUGUGGUCCUCUAUGGGGUAGAUAAUGGGCUUUGGGUGUACACUCUCACUGUGAAGAAGACUAUGAGCUCCUCGCUGAUCUCUGACCUGCGUAUAUUCUUCUCCUCACUCUAUGCAGCGCUAAGCCCAGUGGUCAUCAUUGCAUCUAACAGGAAGGUGAAAGAAAGGCUGAGGUGUGCAGUGCAGGAGAAGCCUAUUCAGGAGAAAGCAACAAGUCUUUCUACAAUGUGA